UGUGUAAUGAAUUAUAACCAUUUUCCUAUUAUUUUAUUUUUUUUAAUUUCAAAUUACUUUAUUUUUUGUAAAUUUAAAACUGAAAAUGAUUCAAUUCCACCUUCGUUGUUGGAAUCAGUUGAGAAUGCACGAACUAACCUCAAAGAGUUUCAGGAACUAUAUAAGCUCACCAGGGGUGAGAUCUUGAAGUUUAGUGACCUUAUCAAAAACAUCCCAAACCACGAUUCAUACACCUAAAUAUCUCUUAUUUUAAAAUACCUUUCAAAACAUCGCUUCAACAUGAUUUUUAACUGGUGAUCUGAUAUAUUUCAAUACUAUAUGAUGCAGAAUACAGUAAGGGUAAAUACAGUGGUGAAUACAUAGGCAUAAUUUUACAUCAUUUUUUGAAAUAUUUAAAUAAUAAAUAAUUUUAUAUAUCCGUAAAAGGGAUAAUUGGGGCAAUAAUUCAUAAUCGAAUAAAGUUAUGAUAAUCAUAUCUUAUUAAUUUUUUAUUUCUAUUAAAUAUUGUAUCAAUAAUUUCA